CUAGGGAUGUUGGUUAUCCACAACUGCCACCAGCUCUCUCCUUUCUGCCCAGUUUGGGCCUCUUCAGCUUAUGUGAUCCAUCGACCUCUCCAGACCCCCCAACCCCAUGGGCCCACUUGCUACACCCUUCCCAGACCUCUAGAACACUCUCCUUCCAAAUGACUCAUCAGGCCUCCAUCUGAAGAGUGAGAAGAUCUUGAGAGCAUGUUCAUUUUCAUCAAACAUGGAGAUAAUCAGCAGUUUCUGGUCAAUACCAAUUGCUCUGUCCUUCUGUUGCUGCAUUACACCCGCAGUAGAGUAGGGUUGCCUAAAACAGACACCAUCGAUUUGUGUGAUGAGACGGGGACAAUGAAGUUGCUUUUCCUGAUGAAGACCCCUGGAGACUAUGCCAGCAAAUUCCUUACUGCUCGAAGCACCUACUACAUUUGUAAGGUGGAACGUGGAGCACCAGGAACCCGACUAGAAAAUGCCUACAAAGCUUUUGUGCCCCUCCUGAAGAAUCCAGAACCUGAGCUAAUUGAUGCUUUGCGCACACAAUGUGACCUCCUGGAGAGGAGCCGUAUAAAAUUGCUCAGAAGCCAAGAAGCCAAGAAAGUCGUUCCGAUUGAAUCCUCUGUGAACCUCCCAUCCAAAUCAACAGGAAGAUCAGAUGAAGAGGGGCCCACUCGAAGAGGUCUGCUCUUUAAGACCAGAGCAGACUUUUUCAGUAGAAGGGAUAAACAUCGCUAACUAAAUAAAGUGACCGAGUGAGAGCAGUAAAACGAGGUGUGAAAUUACUGGAAUU